AUGUCAUCGAGUUUCAGCAGUUCAAGAAGUGGCAGCGGCAUGGUGGUACCCAUGGAAGAGGUACAGAAGGUCUUCAACAAGUUCGACGAGAAUGGUGACGGACUCAUCUCUUCCGAUGAGCUCAAGAACGUUUUGUGUGAGCUGGGGUGUGAGGUGAAGUCGGAGGGAGUGCAGGCUGUGAUGUCCGAGUUCGACAAGGACGGCGACGGCCACAUCGACCUGGAGGAGUUCACAAAACUCAUGAAUGGAUCUGCGUCAAGCAAGGAUAUCCGUAAUGAUAUCCGUGACGCCUUCGAUGUCUUCGAUCUUGACAAGAACGGCCUGAUCUCGGCUAGUGAACUUCAUGAGGUGCUCAACCGCUUAGGCUUAGGGCAGAAGUGCUCCGUCGGGAAAUGUGCCACCAUGAUCACCAAAUUUGACGCCGAUGGAGAUGGCUUCGUUAACUUUCAAGAGUUCAAGAAUAUGAUGAACCGCUCUUAA